CGAACAUUUAGUAGUCGUUCAGGAUAUAGCCAGCAUAUUAAUGUUUGCAAUCCAUCUAGCAGUGAUGAAAGUGACGAUGUUUCUAUUAUGGAUAUUAAUGAUGUUUCAUUAGAAAGCGAAGAGAUUUUUAAUUCUAUUAAUUCUAUAGAGAUGCAUUAUGAAAGUUUGCAUGAAGAUCUUCCUCCACCUGUUGAAGAAUUAUCACUUUUAAGUGACCAUAGCGGAAAUUCAGAAAAUUUUAUAUCUGAAGAUUCAAUAAUAAAUCAAGAUAUUUUAGAAGAAGUUGAAUCUGAAAUUGAUGGAGAAAGAAUAUAUAGUGAACAAAAUACCGGAAUGUGGUGGAAAAAUACUGAAGAAUGUUUACCAACUGGCGCAAAACUUUUAUCCUUGAUAUUAUAUUCUGAUGCAACUAACGUAGACACAUUGGGUAAAAGUCAACUACAUCCUAUAUAUGUAACUAUUGGUAACAUUAAAAACUGGCGGCGUAACAAACCUGAUGCAAAACAAUUGUUAGGAUAUUUACCAAUUUUAUCAGCAAGCGAUAAUUCUGAUAAAAAAUCUGAUAAAUUUAAGAGAGCAGUACGAGAAGCUUUUCAUAACUCCUUAAAAGUGCUUCUAGAUCCUAUCUUAACAUUAAAUAAUAAUGGUGUUGAUUUAACAAUACAUGAUGAAACAUUUUG